AUUGAAUCACCGGCAAACAAACAAAAAUUUGCAAGUUUUUCAUCAUUAAUAUUUUUGUAUAUCAUCAAAUUGAUUGAUAAAUAAAGAAAUAAAAAGUCAAUAAAUAAACAAAGAUUUAUUAGCAUCCCAAAAUGCCAAAAAACAAGGGUAAGGGAGGCAAAAAUCGGCGUCGUGGUAAGAAUGAAAAUGAAGAUGAAAAACGUGAAUUAGUAUUUAAAGAAGAUGGACAAGAAUAUGCACAAGUAAUGCGUAUGUUGGGUAAUGGUCGUUUAGAAGCAUAUUGUUUUGAUGGUGUUAAACGUUUAUGUCACAUUCGUGGUAAACUUCGUAAAAAAGUUUGGAUUAAUCAAGGUGAUAUUAUCUUGAUUGGUUUACGUGAUUAUCAGGAUACAAAAGCCGAUGUUAUUCUUAAAUAUAAUCCGGAUGAAGCAAGAAAUCUUAAAACAUAUGGUGAAUUACCUGAAAAUGCUCGUAUCAAUGAAGUAUCAUUACGUGAAUUUGGUGAAGAUGAUGAAGAAGAGGAUAUAAUUGAAUUCGGUGAUGAUGUCGAAUCGGUCGGUUCGGAUAAUGAUUUACCAUAAAUCAUUUGUUUCAAUGAAAAUUAUAUAAUAUAAAUUAUGGUUGUCAUGUAAUGAUUUUUUUCCAUCAAAAUUUUUUUUUCUCUUAUCGUGCAACCAACAACAAUUCAUCACACACACACACAAGCAUUAAGUUCUAUCGUUUCUUGCAUUCUUUCUAGGUAUUGUUUUCUUCUUUUUUUUAAUUCAAAUUUUUUUUUCUCUCUGUUCAAUUUACACAAUUCCAAAUAGCUUAUAUUUUACACACA